AUGAUUUCCCAACCUGCGUUUGUUGUUAUUGCCUUUGCUUUUCGCUUUUUGCAUGUCUGCUUGGCGCAAAACGAGAGAGAACCGAAUUACCUGAUGAUCAACAUUUUGGAAUUGAACCAAAGUAGCUCCGACGAAAACGAUUCGUCUUGCCCUCCAUCGAUCACAUCGAGAAAUGGUACCAUUCGUCCUACUAGCAUUACGACAAACCUGACAGAUAAGACGUCAUCCGUUCGCACUGUGUUAACCGACAACACUCAAGAUCCUACCACGAUGGUGCCAACAUCCUCUGGUAAAAACGUAUCGACCAUUUCCACGGAAGAUAAUUGCGUCCUAGGCAAUGGCCCGCCACCGUUUUGCUUCCGAGUAAUCAACAUAACAUGGCUGUCAUUUGCUCCUUUUAUUUUUCAGCCUAAGAACAACACGACAGAAACUGAAACGUUAGACGGUGUAUUCUACAGAAUAAUAGGGCGCGCUGUUCAGUUUUGUUGCAAACGUUUUGACAACAGAGGGACACGCUUGGAAUAUACCCACAAAGCGGAAAACAUAUAUACGUUACAUGCUAAUAUCUUUUAUGAUAAAGCUUCUGUAGGAAUGCCAGUAUACAUUGAAAAUGAGUUCUUUGACCAGCACUAUGGAGGUACAUUGGCAUUUAUCAAAGUCCUUGAAUCUCCCGGGUUGGUUGUUAUUGGAAACAAAGACGAUGUCAAACAGAAUGAUUCGAAGCUUCUAUGGAAAACCAUUUACAACCAGUGGCCGAUUGUGCUCAUCUCAGUGUUGUUAUGCGCAAUCUCUGGUAUUUGUGUCUGGGCGCUGGUAAGUAUUAUGGCGCUUUUUGGGGAAAAUCCAAAUCUAGUUGGAAUAAAUACAUGGUGUUUACUAUUUGCAUUGGCAAACCGGCCGGUUCACGGUUUGGGCAAAUGGUGAACAAAAUUCAAGACUAGUAAAUUUCGUCCAGGAAUCGCGUUUACCUUUCAGAGUACAAAUCAGUUCCUUUUACCGAAAAAUGACCGCGAAGGCCUGAACAUGGUAUCAAAGAAGAAACGGAACAAGAACUUCCUUUUGUAACAAUCUCACCGGGAAAAAACGGGUCUACCUUUUCAGACGUUAAUAUGUUGCUUUCGGAAACUUUCCACCUAAACGACCCAAGAAAUCGUGUUCCAUUUACUUUCCAACCGGUUUUACGGAAACUUCUUGUAAAUGAUAAACAACCACAUUUGCUUCAUUUUCAGCCCUAUUUACAACGAGAUGGAGUAAGUUUCUAAACGGAAACUGUGUUGUCGGUAGGGAAUGAAGUACUCAAAACUGAAUUGAUAAGGUGGCAAGAUUGACCACCUGAAAAGAUACGCAAUAUAAUAUUUGGCUCCUGAGGGCACUUCCUUAUUUGGCUUAAACGAAUAUGCAAUGCUGCGGGAUGUGAUCUUUGCUGCUGCGCGGCCGACAUUAUAGUGUGACUGGUUUUUAGAAUCAAAAAACUAACUGACUCCAAAUUUAAAGUGACAAACGUUCUUGAACAAAGUCCUAUAUUUAGGCCACGAAAAAGGGUCUCUUUUCUUAAAUUAAACUGGGUAACAAAAUGAAGGGUUAUGGCAUGGUUUGAUGGCCUCAGUGGCACACCCCUUCACAAACUACCCUUCAGUGGUUUCCAGCCCUGGGUUUGUAGACCUCUGGCUCUGACGAAGCCACUGUUUGAAUACCUGUGGCCCGUUUAGCGUAUCAAGGUACAUGAUGUAAACACAUUGUGGUGUAAACGUACAAGCGAACUGGCGUGUUUACAACCAACCAAGCAUAUCCAGUUGAAUUUGUCAAGUGCAAAGGCUAAAUAGAUAAUCCUUUAAUUUUUGUUUUAUUUAACAGGAUACAAUAUGGAAUACAGAUGAAUUCCCUCGUCGUUUUCAUCGUGGGGCAUUUGAAGGUUUCUGGUGGGCCUUCGUUACCAUGUCAACAGUUGGGUAAGUGAACCAAAAUUCAACUGCACCAUCACUAAUAAAAGCAAAUUUAGGCAAUGCACUUCCACACGAAUCCGGUUUCUCUUAAAACUGCAUUAUUGGUAUUUGCACUGAACACCAAUAUUUGUUGUGGUGUAUCCGGUUUGGAUUCACCCAUCCGUAGAAAUACGCCAACCUCGACCCAGGGCGCUUUUCCCUGGCUCUGGAGGUGUGCCCGCUGUCACAGCGUUUUGGGCAUCCCCAUUCCCAUAUCCCUAGCGUUUUGGGCAUCCCCGGUGGGGGAUGCCCAAAACGCUGAUCACUUCGACUUUGCCUAAAUUAUUUCAGACUGGGGAAAAGUCGGGAUUGUUAAUCACGAAUUUACAGCGAAAUAGUGUUGAUGCAUGUUAGAAUUAUAUCGUCCGACACUUUUUGCCGAGUUAAUUGCGCAGAAAAAAACCCAUAGGCAGUAAACGUUGGCUCAAAACAUGACGAAACUGAAAUUUACAACCGCAUAACAUGGCUUCGAUGCACAACACUUUAUUGUUUGCAAAGCUUUCAAUUUUAUUUAAUAGAACUGUUUACAAGCGAGCAAUGCCGCAAUCGCCGGCAGCUGCGAUCGUCUGCUUCCAAACAGCCAAAAACAAGAAUACUAAACAAAGGAAUCAAAAGGUAAACAUGAAUAAAACUGCGUUUUGCGGUGUUGCAUUCAUAGUAUUCAUGACAUUUGAGGCCUGUACAACUUAACCCCGCAGCGCUACUUGAUACAGGAAAGGCUGUCACACAAUUACAGAGGCCUUAAAUCAUCAGAAAUAACCGGAGGUGGGGUGACAAUUCCCCCCCAAAAAAACCUGCAGUGCAAGGGAAAGGCAUGUCUAGAAAAAAAUCCUGUAGUUAUGUAGUUAUGAUAAAUGGACGCUCCAAUGAUGGUCACUAGAAGAUAUGUUGUGCUCGGCGCACGGGCGUGACAGCCGGCGUGACAUAAAUGGCUGUUCAAGGCCACACUUAGGUCAACUGACAGAAAAUCUGUCAUCUCGACCCUUCAGAAAUAUAACUUCUGAUCUUUGGCUUCACAUAAAAUAAUAACAAACGGGAUCUAUAAGAAGGACUCCGGUUUACAAUGUCCUUUGACAACCUACCAAAAGAUGCAAUUAUGCCUCACCCUUUCAAAGAACACUGACAACAGAAGAAAUUUAGCGUAUGUUUUCGAUUAUCAACGCGGGUGUUUUAAAAACACGAUCAAUUGGCAAAUAAAUAACAUUUGUAACUACACUGUAACCAUUUCUAUCGUGUCCUUGUAGUAGUCAGGCCAGUAAAACCGCUCUUUGAUUUUCCUCAGAGUGUUAUCGCGGCCGGCGUGUCCAGAAAAAGGAGCAGAGUGGCACUCUUCGAAGACCCUCGCUUUAUCUUCCUCGGCGAUAACAAGACGUCGAAGCGCUGUGCCAUCCUUCUCCUUGGCCACGUAGAACAAGGACUCUAAUUUUGAGUCAUACUCAAACUUUUUGGCUAAUUUUCUAAGAAUUGUUUUGUCCUGCUUUGUAAAGCCUUCCGGAUAAACCUUAUUUUUAAGACACCGGAACAGAUUUGUAUAUUUAGCGGAAUCCAUCUCUAAAAGGUUUUCGAUUUUCCCGCGAAACCCCAAAUUGUUUUGGAGGGGAUGCCCAAAACGCUAGGGAUUUGGGCAUCCCGGGAGGGUACCGGGGGAUGCCCAAAACGCUGCAGUAAUAUGAGAAGGGGAUACCCAAAACGCUAGGGAUAUGGGAAUGGGGAUGCCCAAAACGCGGGGAUGCCCAAGACGCUGUGACACCGCCCUACCUCCAAAGCCAGGAAAAAGCGCCCUGGGGACGAGGUUGGGAAUACGCUACUGCGAUUUACAUCAUUUUGCUAAUUACUAGCUACUAGGCAUACGCAAAAACCGAACUCGCGAUGUGAUUUCGCGGCAUUUUUGAGUUUAUGUAGUACUUGACUUCAAAAAUAUCCGGUCGGCAGUCGUCCACACGAAAUCACCAAACGCUUCGGAUGAGAAAAAAAAAUCCACUCUGGAGAACGGUUUCAAACACAUGCGGUUUCGAUGUGCAGACAGCUGAUUCGUUUAAAAGGAGUACGUGGUUUUAAAAGUAUCCGCAUAUAAAGUGCUUUAUGCAUAAAAGUGACUGGAAAGAAUAACAAAUCUUCAAAGUCAGCCUAACGCUUAGUGCUUGGAGGUUUCUUGUGCAAAAAUGAUACCCCUUUGCAUUCUUUGCAUGCUACGUGCCUGCCAGUUAACUAAACGAAGUUCUUAUAUAUUUUACGUGCCAUAAUUUCCAUACAGCAAUUUCUAUAUGGUGGUUGGAUGACAACCGGUCAAUUAACUUGCAACAGGGAUCAAUUUAAUAAAACUUUUAUACUUGUAAAUUACCGCAUUUUUGACCAAAUCUUCCUUUUUGAACCGUUUUUCGGCCAGUUACCAUGUGAAUAGCUAAAAAAAAAGAGGUUUGAAACACUAAAGACAUAUUUUCUGCUAAUUGGAUGUAAGCAGCUUUUUUGUUUUUCGCGCAUGCGCAUAAGCCAAAAUUUGGCGAAUCUAUUUCGAUCUAUUUCCUCUUUGCCUUUAUUUUUAUGGCCAUUUUUGUUGCCCACUUUAUCGUCUUUCUUAAUUUCGCAUGAAAGUUUGGCUGGCUUACUUUCCAAUAAAGGGACAAUAAAUUUAAUCUGCAAAGAAUUUUGGAUAAAUAGCAAAAGUGGCAGUGGAUUUUUUCCCCAAAUGUUGCGUAAAAUGUGUUUUUGUCUGUAACUCUGUCAGGAUUGGCCAAAAUUUUCUAAAUGAGGUACCAGUAGAAAGUUCUAUCCUCGCUAAUUGUGCUCAUUACCAUUUUAUUCACAGCUUAAAUAGAAAGCUUAAUGGAUACAGGAAGGAUAAUAUGCAUGGGUUCAUAUAUAUGGAACAAAAACGACCAAAGCGGACGUUAAAGAGCCGUCAGUUGAGAAUGAAAAAAAUGUAGUAACGAGAAGCGAUUUCUUGCUCAACCUGAGUGUGGUAUUUUUGAAAAACAACUGGCAUUUACUUUUGCUCAAUUCAAAGUGAGGUUUUCAUGGGCUUAGCGCAUUAAUAGUCAUGUUAGGAUGAAAAUGGAUAAUGAUGACGAAUUUUAAUCCUUGAUGUUUCCAGCUGGUUUUUAUUUUUUAUAGUUUUCAUUCGACGUUAUUUCGUUCGGUGUCUUUAUAAGAAUCCAUGUAAUUUAUCUUACAGUGUAUUUGUCAAGCAUUCUCUGAAAGAAAGGUGCCUUUAAAGGGUUUUCACACACAUCUUCACACAGUGCUCUCGUUUUCCCCAUUAAGUCCCUCUUAUCGGCGCCUCGGCGUCCCACUACUACAACGGUACAGACUUUAUCAGAGAGCGGCAUUGAGACCUAUUGAAAAAUAAGCUCUUCUUGUUUUAAGGUACGGAGAUAAAGCUCCUAAGUCAGUUAUUGCUCGAUUAUUCUCUAUCGUGUGGAUCAUGGUUGGACUUACACUGUGUUCAGUUUUGACAGCUACUUUUACCACAGCGCUCGCCACAGCAGCUGUCAAAGAUGUAGACCAGGUGGGAAAGAAGGUAUAAUAUUCAUUAUCAAAAAUUACUCGAUGUUUCCUUUUGCUAUUUUCAUUGAUUACAAUUAUCGUUUGCAUAUUUUAGUGAAAUGGGCAUUAAAGGUUUGUGGACUCUGUGGGAUAAAGGCUACCUAUAAGAAUAGCAAAGUAGUUUGUAGAACUUUAAAGAACAUAUCGAUGUAAAACUGUUGAUUUAAGAUUGACGUCAAUCGUAAAUUAUUCUGCUGCUGAUAAAGAGAUGCAUUGAAGUUACGCAAAAAAGCGGCGGAAAUUAAACAUGUAAGCAACUUUUGAGCUUGGAAAUAUUUGGAAUGAAUAAUGGCAAGAAUAAUAAAAUAUUUAUUUGGCUUAGCUUGUUUCUUCAAACGAUAUUCAGCCUUUUCAAAUAAUUGCCAUUAAAUUCUCCGGUUAAUUCUUUUUACAAAAUAACCAGAUAGGGCUGACCAAAUUUGGAAGUCGUUUGCUACAUCCGAUAAAAUCAAAAAAAAAAACCCAGGCUCUGUGAUAGUACCACAUUACGGUUCCAGUAAAAUUACAGUGUUUGUAUGGGAUAAAAAUAACAUCCUAAAAUUUCUAGGAAAUACUAAAUAAAGAUCAAUGAAACUUAAUCUGCAGGGUAGGGUGGCUUUGAGCAAAUGAUGUAUCGGUCCCCAGAAAGGUCACUUCGGGACUCCCGGAAUGGAUUUUUUUUGUACAGUGCCAAGGCCUCAUUUUAUUGGCCGCGCGUUGAUCUGGCUCAGCCGCUUCGGCGAGCAUAUUCUCGGUAUGUUUGGAUUAUAUCCUUCGAGUUUGUCAAAGUCUGUGGGAUUCGUUUCUCUAUCUGGGAAAGCUUCAUUGGUUUCUAUACCUGCUGCUAUCCUAUUUGUACGAUCCUGGCAUGUUUAUUUUCCGUCGGAGUUCGAAUUUCGCGGAAAAAGUUGUGUUGAAUAAGAGCAUGUCGGCGAAAAUGGCAUCUCGUGUCUCCUACCUUGUAUAUUAUUAUUGUAUAUAGAGUGAAUUUGAACAAAUUACUGCAAACUAUCACGAAACUUCGUUGGAGAAAUAAGGACAACAACAAUUAACUGCAGAGUAAGUUUCAUUGAUCUUUAUUUAGUAUUUCCUAGAAAUUUUAGGAUGGUAUUUUUAUCCCAUACAAACACUGUAAUUUUACUAGAACCGUACUGUGGUACUAUCACAGAGCCUGGGUUACCUGUGAUAAAAUGACAUCAAUCGGCUAUCCGAUAAACGCCAGAAAAAGGGACGGCCACCGAGAGGCCCUGGAGACGAGGUUGCAUUGUUUUGGUAGAACAGUAGAAAAUGGUGGAAACCUAAAACAAUUAUUGGAUUCCGCUUAAAUGUGAUCUGAAGAAAUGUGAUGGAGAUCUCGGAGGGUGUUAUCCGCUUUGACUGAUAACUCUCUCCUCAAAAUUAUCUGCUAUAUUCCUUCAGAUCACAGUACUCAGCCUCAUCCAAUAAUUACUAAGUGAUAUGUUACGUGCUCUUGAUUGUCCAUACUGCAGAUUGCUGUGUUGAAGGAAAGUCCAGCAUUCCAAGAAGUUAUCAAACAGGGAGGAAGCCCAACACGUAAGAUUAACAUGACUAACUGGUCGUAUACACGUGUUAAAUUAUUAACGAGAGUUCAUUUAUUCCGUUCCCGCUUGCGGGAUCAGCACUAGGCUCCCACGCAGGCGUUUUUAGGGGAGCUCGUUUUUCAUCCCUCCCCACAAACGCCUGCUCAACCAAAAACAACAUUCCUCAAGGGCGGACACAGAAUUUUUUUAGGAAGGGGUGCACUCGUCUCUUGCUCUACUUCAACACCAAUAAACCAUAUAGUUUUUUUUCUGGCAGAAUACCGGUUGUAUUAGAAAACCGCAGGUCAUCCCAGGGGGGGGCGCACCCCCUGCACCUUCCCCCUAGAUCCGCCCCUGUUCCUUUCCCAUUGUUUUGUUUGCGUGGUAAGUGACCAAUCAACAGUUGUGAAAUAAAGUGUUGACAGGCUAAUCAAGACUAAAACGUGACCCUAGAGUUAUCGUUUUCCUUCUUUUCUUUCCUUCGCUAAGGUUAUGUAGUGCAUGAAGUAUUCUAAAAUUUGACCAAAUCUUACUUUUGCCGCUCUGAAUCUAACAUUUAUUAGAGGUCAGAAAGCUUUCCCAGUGUUUCAUGCAGAUCGAUUAAUUAUCAGAUUACCCUGCGAUCAAGGUCAACUUUACAGAAAUUGGAAAGUACAAUGUGAUUGGCUAAGCUUGGGAAACGAAAGUUGUCUUCGGUUGAGCAGGCGUUUGUGGGGAGGGAUGAAAAAUUAGCUCUCUUAAAAACGCCUGCGUGUGAGGCUAGAUCAGCACUGAAGAGAAAAGAAUCCGGUUUCUUGCUCUCUUUACUAGCUUUUUCACCAUUAAUUUUAUACUUGGGUAGCACAUCACAGCUUUCUUUAGUCUAAACACCGGUUUGAACUUGAAUUUGGAAAUCAUGGUUUUUGCAAAUAUUAUGUCGCAUAUUUUUUAAAUUUAAAAAGGUACUCCAUUGAAAUUAUUCGCUUGGUUCUCUUGAACAGAACGUAACUCAGCCUUAAAGUUCCAGUUCAUAGUUGUAACCGGUUCCUAUGGGUCACGUGCUGGCAAGCCAGUUCAUUCUGAUGUAACAUGCGACUAGUUCCCUUGAUAUUUUGUGGAUAUUCCCUCAAAUCCAGCAAAAAAUUUAUGCCGGAGGCUCCAAGCGGCAAGAGCUCCCAGGUCGCUAUGUGUAACUGCACAUUUAAUCAUGUGCCAUGGGAAGUUGCGCUAUAUAUAAGUUUUAAUUAAUUGUAAAUUGUAGUUGCUGCGUGUUGGGGAUCUUAAAAUCCCUCUCUCUUAACGAGAUUGUUUGUCUUCAUGCUUCGUUUAUUUUUUCAGUUUUUGACAACUUUGAAGACAUGCAAAAGGCUCUCCUAAAUAAGACUGUGACAGGUAUAAUGGAUGAGAUGUACCACGGACUUUACUGGAUGCAACAAGUUAGAGAUUCAAAACUGUAUGUGGUUAAGAUGAUUGAGAGAACACGUUCUUAUGGCUUCGCAUUCAAGAAAAACGCUAUUAAAUGGCCGGUUGACGACUGCGUUCGAAAACUUAUUUUGUAUCGCACAGAGGAUGUCUACUCUGUUAUGAAAAAGUUCAAGGAUGAAAUGAAGGUAAUUAGGUUUAAUCAGUGGAAGUAA